AUGUCUAAAGAGGGCAGUGUUUUAUGGUCACCAUUCAAAACAACAAAGGAAUUUAUUGAAAAAGAUUAAAAGAUAACAAAAGGCUUCAUUUAAGGGGCAUUGUUUGCAGUUAUUGGUUAUGGAGUAGGAUUUGCCUUAUUCAAAGCUAAGACAUUAAGAGGCUUUAGUGCUGGUACUGCAGCAACUUGGCGAUUUAGAGAUUAGAUUGAAUAAUGA